AUGCGCAGGCUCCAAGCCGCUAUUGAUGAAGAUCCAGAGAUCGACCUGAAGCCCCGUCGCCCCAAACUAGCUGAUGACGAGGACGAUAUUCGAGAAUCCCUGGACGCAACCACCCCAGCCCAAGUCAUUUCCCCACUCUCUGAGUCUGUUUCCAAGCUCCUGGAUAAAGUGGCCAUCUCGAUGGAACUGCAAUGCCGCAACGAGCUCUCUGCACGGCUCUGUGAGCUUCUACGAACUAGUGAAACAAUGUGGAAGGGCCCGUUUCCUCGCUCGAGGAUGAUCUUCAGAUGCUCCAACAAUAUUAUCGUCAAGGCAAUUGCCAAAAUGAACGAUCAUACAGAGUACACCACGUUGCAGUGCCUUGAACAUCAUCCAAGCAUUCCAGCGCCCAAGCCACUUGGUCUAGUGGUCAUGAAUCGAGUCACUCUGGCGAAAUUUGGAAUUCCCUGGAUUCGACCCAAAAAUCCUCGAUUAGCGACCAAUCCUAAUACCAUCCUCGAGGAGCUAAGGUCACUACCAUAUUCCGAAGGAACUCCGUUUGGAGGCCAAGACGCCGAUCACGACUCUCGGCGAUUUUUGAAAACUUCUUGGGCACAAGUACACACCCUGGGGGGGGGGGGGGGGGGGGUGUAUUUCUGGACUUGCUUCGUCAGCUAUCCCCAUCAACGGUGGAUUCAGCAACCCGGAUUGUGUUCACGCACGGCGACCUCAGACCGGACAAUAUUGUUGUGGAGGUUACCAAUAACAAUUAUUAUGUGGUUACGGGCAUCCUGGAUUGGGAGUACAGUGGGCUUCUAUCCGCAAUACUAUGAGUCUUCCCGGUGCACGAACUGUUUAACGCCUUACGGCAAAGAUGAUUGGUACUUGCAUCUGCCGGAUUGUGUCUCGCCUAGGCAUUAUGCUCAGUGGUGGCUUCUUGAUCGAGUCAGGGAAUUGAGGGUUUAUUAG